AUGUACUUUCCACCCGUGCCAUUUGCGUCCACCUCCAAGGAGGAGCAGGUAAAAAAGAACACCAAGAUUGCGAUCGAGAUGGUCAGGCGCUACAAGGGUGAGACACCCGAGUGUUAUACUCGUAAGCACACCGCCACGAUAGAGCAGCUUGAGAAGGAGAUCGAGGCGCUCCUGGGCGGCACACAGAAGAUGCGCAAGGCCGCCACGGAUGAUCAGCCAAUGGACAAGCUGGGGCUGAUGGAGCGCUGUCUCCGCCACGCUCUCUGGUCGUAUCACAAGGACGAGGGCAAGUACGAUUUUGAUGAGAUUGCGAGGUGGGUUGUUUAUACCCCUGAGGACGAGGUGAAGCUCGCGCAGAUGAAGCGCCAGGUGGAGGCUAAGUCGAAGCUGGCGGCGUACCGUGCCAAACGCGCCAAGGAGGGUUUGCCCGAAGCCUCGGCUCCACUGAUCAACUGGGAGGAGGAGUACAAGAGCGUGACGGACCGCGAGCUGGUGAACGAAAAGCGGUUACGCUAUGACACGAUUGCCGCCAACACUAUGGAGCGCGACGAGGCUCAGAUUGAGGCUGUGCUGCAGCAGUACCGCAAGCCGGUGCAGGAUAAGCGCCUUGAUGAGCUUGUUGAUCUUCUCGAGCGCUUCAAGCCGGUGCUUGCUCGCGAGGCCAUUAUGCAGCGCCUCACCAUCAAGCACUUGGAGGGUCAGUUGGGCGUGUGGCGCUACAUGGACUGGUGCCCAGAGGUGCGUGACCGCGCUGAGCUCGAGGUGGAUGUCUCCGGGUUCCAGUGGUGGUCUCCGCUGGAGGAGCGCCGCCUGUUGCCGGUGCGCCUGCGCUCUGUGAACGAGGUGCGUGAAAUUAUGGCUCAGACCCAGUCCUCCAAGGCCGCUGAGGCGUCAGUUCACAACCCACAGGCGUCUCAGUCUGCCGGUGAUGGUGACCGCGAGCGACUUCUGAAGGAGGUGCUGGCCUUGCAGGCCCGCAUCUACCAGCGCGAUGACGCUCCGGUAGAGGAGAAGAAGGCUGCUCACUAA